UCGGGAGCGUGUGGGUGACACUGAGGGAGGAUGGAGCCGGUCCCGACGCCGCCUCCGGUGCCCUGGAGCCGGGAUGGGCCGGGUGGGAGGACGCAGCACCUGGCGGGGCCGGGGAGAGGAGCGGGAGCGGCCCCUGAGUGAACGUGUCAGUGUGUCUGGAGCAUCCUUGUGUCCCGGCAGGUGAUGGGAGCAUGAGUGACAGUGAGGGGGAUCUCCGGCGGGAUGGGCUGGAGGCAGCCCAGCCCUGUGGGGACUUUUUCAAGAGGGCAGCUUCUCCUCCGGGCUGUGACGGGGACGUGUCCCUUCUCCCAGACACCGGGAGGGAGAAGGCUUCUCGCCGCGGUUUCCAGAGGCGCAAAGAUGGUGUGGUGCAGCAUCGGGCGCUCCUGGGGGAGAAGCCCUAUAUCUGCAUCGAGUGCGGAAAGAGCUUCGGCCGCAGCUCCGACCUGACCCGCCACCAGCUCAUCCACAGCGGGGAGAGGCCGCACGUGUGUCCCGACUGCGGCAGGAGCUUCGGCCGCCGCUCCCACCUCAUCCAGCACCGGCGCGUCCACACGGGCGAGCGGCCGUACCCGUGCCGGCACUGCGGGAAGAGCUUCAGGCAGAGCGCCCAGCUGGCCCAGCACCAGCGCAGCCACACCGGCGAGAGGCCUCACGUCUGUGCCAUGUGCGGCAGGAACUUCUACCAGAGCUCGGGGCUGCUCCGCCACGCCAGCUCCCACUCCGGAGAGAAGCCCCAGAGCUGCCCCCAGUGCGGGAAGGGCUUCGGCGACAGCUCCAACCUCACCGCCCACCAGCGGCUCCACACCGGAGAGAAGCCCUACAGGUGUGACGACUGCAGCAAGUGCUUCAGGAAGAGCUCCAAGCUGCUCAUCCACUGGCGUGUCCCCACCGGGGAGAAGCCCUACCUGUGCCCGGACUGCGGGAAGGGUUUCAGCCAGCGCUUGCACCUUGUCCAGCACCAUUGCACCCACACUGGGGAGAAGCCCUACAAGUGUGCCGAGUGUGGGACCAGCUUCGGUGACAACUCCACCCUCAUCCGUCAUCGUCGGACCCACAGUGGGGAGAAACCCUUCCAGUGCUCCGACUGUGACAAGAGCUUCACUCGCCACUACUACCUACUGUCCCACCAGCAGGGGCACGCGUGGUAGGCAGCAUCCCUAGGUGUGCUCUGGGUGUCAUCCAAGGUCAUCCCGGUCCAGGCCUGUCCAAAAUGUGCCUGAGGUACAAGGGGGUGGACAAGGGUGUCACUACACCAGAUACAGAUGGACAAAGUGAUGCCUUUGGCCCACGUUGCCCUUUUCAGUCACCUCCUCCCAGCGCACCCUAGGCAUGGACAGAAAGAGUGCAGAGGUUGCAGUGGGUAGUUCUGCAUCCCAAGGCUGCAUCCUCCUCUUUCCCUGGUACUAGAAUCAGAUGCCACCUGCCACGUGGCCAAGGUGCAGAUGUUUUGUCACACCUCUGGGUGUCUGCCCCUUCACAACAGCUCUCAGAGCAUUUAUUUUCCUUCCUACGUGCUUUGUGAAGUGCUGUGUGUACUUAGCAGUGCUCUAUAAAUUAAAAGGGUUGACAUGCAUUUAUUUCUGAGGUCUUUAUUAACUUAUUCUAAACUAUGCCAAAUCACAGUGGCCUUAGGGUUCCCAGCUGUUCACUAGCAGCUAGGAUUGGACUGCUCACCAGUGUAAGCACAUUACUAGAGUUCCUUUCCACAUCCAUUGUUGGUUUUCCCUGUUCAGUGUCACUUGGCUGAAAUAAUUCAUUUCCCCUGGCCUGGCUGCCCUUUACUGUUUGUGCUCAUGUAGCUUGAGAGGAGAAUCUGGGUACCAACUCUGCUUUUGCUGCUGCAGAAGCUACAGGGUAUGUUCCUCUUCUUCCAGGGAUUUAAUCACUUUGCGGGCACUGACGAGCCAAAUUCAGAAGGUACUGGGAAUGUGCAAAAAGGCAAGAACCAGAAGGCUCCCUCUCACAGCAGCCAGCUUGCUGACUUCUCUACCAGCCCUCUGCUCCCCCAGGGUCAUAGUGGGAAGCUACUGGAAAAUGCAAAUUAGCUGCUGUAAUUCCAGCAGACCAUCCCUAGCACACCCCAUCCCACACUUGUGGGCACCAACUGGUGCCCAGAUGCUCCCACCAGCUGUGGGAGCUGUGUAGAAUACUGUAAAUUCCUGGUGUGCUUAAAAACUGCAGUGAGACUGUGGCACUUCGGAAAUACCUAAGGUAGACAAAUGAAUGAAUGACGUCUCUGAAAUAAAAUCACCUUGGUGUU